AUGAAGCUGACACCUAGCAGUGUCCAACAUUUUGUAUGUGCGAAGAAAUUCAGCGAGAAUUCCAUGAGGAUAAACAGUAUCGACUACUCUGCUGAUGGAUUAACUAUGAUCACUUCAAGCGAUGACGACUCAAUCUUCAUCUACAGCAUGCAAACUGGAACACGCACUCGCAAUGUAAAUAGUAAGAAGUACGGAGUUGAUCUCAUUCGCUUCUCCCACAAUACAAGCAAUGCUAUUCACUGUUCUACAAAAGUUGACGACACUAUUCGUUACUUAUCUCUUCAUGACAACAAGUAUAUUAGAUACUUUCCUGGUCACACAAAGAAAGUUAUGUGCUUGAGUAUGAACCCUAGUGAUGACACUUUCCUCUCUGGAUCUUUAGAUAAAACUAUUCGGCUUUGGGACUUGCGCUCACAAAACUGUCAGGGAUUGAUGCAAGUUAAUGGUAAGGCAAUCGCCGCUUUCGAUCCUGAAGGCUUGAUUUUCGCAGCUGGUAUCAACAACGAACAAGUGAAACUCUACGACCUCAGGUCUUUCGAUAAGGGUCCAUUCACUACUUUCAAACUAGAGGCGGAGCGGUCUUGUGAAUGGACAGGCAUGACAUUUUCACCUUGUGGCAAAUAUAUUAUGAUCAACACUAAUGGAGUAGUCAUUAGGUUGAUUGAUGCGUUCACUGGAGCUUUAAAAACCACAUUCGAGGGACAUCGGAAUGACCAGCAAGAAGCUCUGGAAGCCUCCUUUUCACCAGAUUCUCAAUUCGUGUUCUGUGGUUCUUCUGAUCGUUGCAUCCAUGCAUGGUGCACAGAAACUGGAAAAAGAGUAGCCACAUUUGAAACCGAACACGACAAUCACCUUCGAAUAGUCUCAUGGAAUCCGAAACACUUCAUGGUGGCUUCAGCAUGUACAAAAUUGUGCUUUUGGAUUCCUGGCGACGAUGUGGUAGAGAACUAG